GCACAGACACGGGCCCUUUGUGUCACGACCAGCUCCUCUGUGACGCACCGCCCCUUCGGCCCAGCUAUAUCAACCCGCCAUCCCACCCCGUCAUACAUCCUCUGUUAUACUCGAUCGACAUCCAGACAACAAUCAAACACACUCAACAGACUGAAGUAGUCGCCGACGACAGCAACGACACAGCCCACCCUCCACAAAACACCAGUCAAAAUGGGUCUUCUGCGUGGCAUCCACUACCUGGGCAGCUUCCUGCUGCUCGCCGCCACCGUCCUCUUUGUCAUCAGCUCCAUCUCGGCGCCGGUCGUCAACCGCAUCUCCAUGAUGACCGUCUACCUCGGUGGCAACGCCGACCGCAGCCCCUCGGUCACCUUUGGCACCUUUGGCUGGUGUGUCCAGAACGCCAAUGGUGUUACCAACGGCUGCUCCCGUUCCAUGGUUGGCUACAACAUCUUUGACAUCCUCGCCAACGUUGUCGAUGGCAACGAUGACCGCCUCGAGGAGUGGGCUGCCGCGACCGCCAACGGCCUGACCAACGUCAUGGUUCUGCACCCCGUCACUGCCGGCCUUGCCUUCAUCAGCUUCGUCCUCUCCCUCACCUCUGGCAUGUUCGGCGGCAUUCUCGCCAUGCUUGCCACUCUCUUCACCUUCAUUGUUGCCCUUGUCGUCGUCGUGUGCGACUUUGUGCUCUUCGCCUACGUUCGGGACCAGGUCCGCGACGCCGAGAGCAACAACUGGACCAUGUGGGGCUCUGCCAGCUGGACUGCCCUUGCUGGCAUGAUUCUCAUCUUCAUCGCCUUCAUCAUCACCUUCAUCACCUGCUGUGCCGGCCGCCGCGAGAAGAAGCGCCAGAGCGCUGUCGUCAAGGAGUCCCACCACGACUAUGGCACUCCUGCCCGCCGCCGCCGCUUCUGGCAGCGUCGCUAAGCGAUCCACUUGAUGAUUUGAUCCGCUGAGGAGCGUGGCGCGACAUUUAUACCAUGAAAGAGUGCAGACGACUCGCUCGAUACCUCAAAAAACUUACCUUAAUGAUGCUUAUGAUAUACGAAAGUUGUACAUACGAGAUGUAUCUACACCUGGGGAAGUAGGGGG